GGAGAUACCAAGGGCGAUAAGGCCAAAGUUAAGGAUGAGCCACAACGGAGAUCGGCGAGGUUAUCUGCUAAGCCGGCCCCUCCGAAGCCAGAGCCUAAACCUAAAAAGGCAGCUCCAAAGAAGAGCGAGAAGUUGCCCAAGGGAAAGAAGGGGAAAGCUGAUGCUGGCAAGGAGGGAAACAACCCUGCAGAAAACGGAGAUGCCAAAACAGACCAGGCACAGAAAGCCGAAGGUGCUGGUGAAGCCAAGUAAAAUGUGUGAAUUUUUGAUAACUGUGUACUUCUGGUGACUGUACAGUUUGAAAUACUAUUUUUUAUCAAGUUUUAUAACAAUGCAGAAUUUUGUUUUACUUUUUUUUUAAGCUAUGUUGUUAGCACACAGACCGCUUCGUUGUUGUGUUUUGAGGGGGGGCAGUGGGGACAAAUGUCACUUAGUCUAUUUCUCGGAACCUAAAUUUUAAUAAGAAAAGUUUUCCCGGUCCCCCAGUUUUUGGAAGAAGGGCUCUUCCCGAGUAGCGGAGGAAGGGCUUCCUUCAUGCUGUCCGUCUCCCACGUUCUGUGGAGUGCAUCCGAGUGAACAUCGAAGCUCCCAAGAUGCCCGUUGCCGACUUCAAAACCGCAGUGUGUCAUGCCCUCUGUGUUUCCUUGCGCGUCCUCGUUGCUUGCCUGGAGCCUGUCGCUCCGAACUACUCCGAACUGCGGCAAAAACGGCGUUUUGGGACUUGCCGCUCGCUCUGACCGCGCUGCCGGGUGAUCCUGACGUCUGGGGUCGCGUUUGGGGUAUAACGCCUCUAAAAGGAGCUGUAAUUCCUCUUUUAUAUUGUGGAUCUUCAGAUUAAGAAACCCGCGUUUUAAUUUCUUCCCUCUAAAAGUCAGGGUAGGUUUGUGAAGAGUUGUUAAACAACAUGCUAAAUGUGAAAGCGUCCACCCUCACUCUAAACGUUUCCCUCUACGACUAUGAAAUGAAGAUUCUUCGGUUUUAUAGCAACUUUUGCGUUUUGGUAGUCCAUGAAGGGAGGGGAGUUUGACAGUUGUUGUAAAAUGUUGCCGAUUGUAGCCCAUGUCCUGCCUAAAUUGCCAUGAUUGUUUAUGAAAAGUACCUUUAAUAAAGCUGGAUACGGUUUGGCUUGGA